AUGUUAUCCGAAGCUGAAGAAAGCGUCUUAACCUCCAAUUACGUUAAUAUAAGUAAAGAUUUACCUUAUGAUUCCCUUAUUGGUGAAAUUAAAGCCAAUAAAAUUAUCGAUGAUUACGAGAGCGCGGAAUUGGACACCAUCAGCCAUCCAAUCAAGCGAAAUAAAUCCUUACUCGAUAAAUUGCGCAAAAAACCUUCAGGCACCUUCGUGUUAUUUUGUAAACUCUACAGCAACGUAAGAAGUGUUCAAUCACAACAAGGGGCAGAUCUAUUGCGAAAAAUCCAAGAUGAAAAAGCAAAACUUGCCAGGCCUGGCACAGAUCUUAACCACAUUACAUACGAAAACUCCAAUAGGCAACCCGCUGUUGAUCUUGACGAACCCGCUAAGCCUUACAUAAAAAAGAUAUAUAGAGACAUCGGUGUAGACUGGCCAAAACUUGCUUUGGAAUUAGAUUAUAGCCAGAAUGAUAUCAAGAGAUUCAAAGUCGACACUCAAAACGACUCUAAUGAGCAAUGUGCUGCAAUGCUUUAUGAUUACCAAAGGAAACAUGGAUCUUCCUUUACUAAAUCCAAGCUAGAGAAGGCUCUACGUGAAAGCGAUCUGGGUGAAGCUGCCGACAAACUCUUAAAACUAUCAUUAUAA